AGGCACCGGGCCACCAGGCGGAGCAGCAGGCACCGAGCCACCAGGCGGAGCAGCAGGCACCGGGCCACCAGGCGGAGCGACAGGCACCGGGCCCCCAGGCGGGGUGACAGGCACCGGGCCCCCAGGCGGGGCGACAGGCACUGGGCCCCCAGGCGGGGCGACAGGCAUCGGGCCCCCAGGCGGGGCGACGGGCCUCGGGCCCCCAGGCUGAGCGGCGGGCGCCGGACCCCGAGGCGGAGCGACAGGCGGAGCGACAGGUCUCGGGCCCCCUGGCAGAGCGGCGGGGGCCGGACCCCCAGGCAGAGCGACAGCCACCGAGUCACCAGGCACGACAGUGGGCUCCGAGUCAACUGGCAUGACCGCGGGCACUGGGUCAGACAUUGGAUCGUCUGGCUGGAUAGCGGGCAUCGGGUCACCAGGCAUCAGGUCAUUUGGCUGAAC